AUGCCUUGCAGCACCACAUCUUCUGGCGCCUCAACCCCAGGAGGGUUUUCGUCUGGAUCAGAUAGCGGGUUUGUUGAUACCCCAUUCACCGAGAGAUCAAUCCUGUUCGACGAUCAUGAUAUUCAUGUUGCGGUCCAACAGUCGACGAGUGACCAACACAUACUUGUUGUCGGAGGUUGUGGAUUCAUCGGGUCGCACACAGCGUGGGAAUUGGCGAAAGCUGGAUAUAACGUAAUAAUCAUCGACAACUUGAGCAAUGCCUUCAAUUCUGUUUUCCACAGGUUGGAGGCCAUGGUUGCCCACCACUAUGAUACUGUCAAAGUCGGGAGUCGGCGGCCAUCGCUGAAACUAUAUGAAGCCGAUUUCAGAGAUACACAGACGCUAACGACAAUACUCGAGGCGUACGAAGUUCCACUUGGAUUCGGCGAAUACCCAGAAAACCGUCGCCGGUCGAACAUCUCCGGGGUCAUCCAUUUUGCAGCGUUCAAAGCUGUGAGCGAAAGUAUCAAACAUCCCCUCAAAUACUACGCAAACAAUGUUGGUGGCCUGAUCGACUUCUGCAGCUUGCUAGGUGACUUCGGCAUCAAGAACUUCGUGUUCAGUUCUUCAGCGACUGUGUACGGGACUGUGGCAGACAUAGGGAUACCGCUGCGAGAAGAGUACUGCAGCCAAACAAAAACCGUGUUCCAUGAUGACGAUGGCUUGAAGAAGGUGGUAGAAUCUGGGUCCACAGGCUUGACGAAUCCAUAUGGUCGAACAAAGUGGAUGUGCGAAGCCAUCUUGAACGACUUAGCACACGCAGACCCCGAAUGGACCAUCACAGCGUUGCGUUACUUCAACCCCAUCGGUUGCGACGAGUCCGGCUUGCUAGGUGAAGAUCCCCGCGCCGCGGCCACAAACCUCAUGCCGGUCGUCUUGCGAGUAAUCACCGGUGAAUCACCAGUGCUGAACAUCUAUGGUGACGAUUAUGACACCCAUGAUGGAACUGCGGUCCGCGACUACAUCCACGUCACCGAUCUGGCAUUGGGACACCUUGCAGCGCUGAAAUCUCGUGCUGCCCAGGGCUUCCGGGUGUACAACCUUGGAACCGGACAAGGGUACUCUGUCCUAGACGUCGUCGCGGCCAUGGAGCAGGUGUCGCAACGAAAGAUCCCCACCAAGCUCGUGGGCCGGCGAGAAGGAGACGUUGGGAUGUGUGUUGCUAAAGCAGGCCGUGCCCGGGAGGAGCUGGGCUGGCGGACAGAAAAAAGUCUAGAGAUGUGCUGCCGCGACAUCUGGCGCUUCCUGGAGCGUGCAGCGACUGAGUCGAAUGCGGUUUUAUAG